CGUGCUUCUUUUGUAGCAGCGAGUCAAAAUUCCAUAACUGUUAUGUUGUUGUGAGGAAAAAAAAAACGAUUUUGUUUUGAUAUUAAAUUUAGAAUAGACCUUCACAUAGGCAUGGAUCCAGAAACACUGGAUCCAACUGCACUUGAAACUACUGAAGAACAAUCAUACUGUCAAGGAAACACAAAACAUUCAGAAGAUAAUCCAAAUAAUCCUGAAACAACUCCAAAUAACUCCGAUUUCAUUGCUGCAGAAACUGAUGCAGCAAAAAAUGAUUCUGGUAAUCUGCAAAUCCAUACUUCAAAUGAAGAAUUGCCAAAUGAAACUACCGAAGAAAAUAUCACUUUUGAGGACAAUGCCGAGAAAGCCACUUGCAGUCAAACGAAAAAUCAGACCAACGAAAAUAGUUUUGAAAACGACGAAAACCGAAGUAAUGAUGAUUUGAAAAUUACCAAAGAAUACAGUUUUGCCGUGAGCGAAGACAUGAAAAUGAAUCAAACAAACUGUAGCAAUGACGAAAAUGAAGUAAAAGCCUCUGAUAGCAUUAUACAAGAAAACUUGGCCAUAGCAUCGUCAAACGCCGUUGAAAACAACACCACGACAAACCAAAUUAAUAAACGUUUGAACAAAGUUGAUUUUUCACACCAUAAAUCAGCAAAUUUUGGAGAAAAAGCUACGGACGGAGGCGAAAGUUUCAGUUUGUUUCACAAGAACGACGCAGCUGAAAUGAGUUCGAUUACAUCAUCGGAAAAUUCCAUUUCGUUCGAGCUUAGAUUCACCGAAUUGGAUUUCCCGGGAGUGGAGAGAAUUCAGAUUGUGGAUGAGAUUAGAAACAUUUACUCACAGAAUAGAAAAACACUUCCUCACUUCAAAGAAGCGUAUUGUGAUCAUGAGAACGUGGUAUUUCGGGACUUCGUGGAAGAGUAUAUUUUCAUACUCCGAAACACAUUCACCAUUCCAGAAGACUCUGAGAGGUUUUCGCUGUUGAUCAACGAAGUGCUGUCGGGUCCAGUGUUGUAUCACGAGUAUAAGAAGUUGCUGCUUGAGGAGGUGAGUCACCCUCGCUUCUUCUGGGGGGUUAGCAGCUAUGCGGAAAUAGACACCAACGGGGAUGGAAAGAUCACAGAGGACGAGAUUGCGUCCAAAUUCGGAAAAAGCAAGAAAAAGAUGACGAAACUGAAGGCGAAAGAGCGGACCAAAGACGACCACAUCAGUCUGACGGAGUUUCUGGACUGUUGGGACCAUGCGGGCAAACAGAGCAGAGCCAAGUCCAAACAGGGCACAAAAGGGGAGGGGCAGACUGAUGAUCAAACGAAGGGGCAAAGAAAAAAUAAAGCAUUCAAACAUGACAAGACUUAUAACAGUAAUGACUUCCCAGGUGUGACCAUGGAUCAGAUAGCGGAUGAGUUGCGCCAAGCUUACAAGGCCAACAAAGAGAUCCUGGAUCACUUCAAAGAGGAUUAUGCUAAGAAGGAGAACCCUCUCUUCCAGGACUUCGUGGAGGAGCUGCUAUUUGUGAAAAGAAAUGUUGCCGGGGUCAUUCCAGCAGACCAGGAGCAGUUCAAUAGACUUCUGGAUAGAUUGUUUCAGUACCCUGUGACUUACUCCGAAUACUGCUCUGUUCUCUCUCACCUACCCGUGAACAAGUUCGGAUGGGGUCUCGACUCUUUCGCCAAACUCGACCUGGACAGCAACGGCAGCAUAUCGCCCAAAGAGCAAAGUGGACAUAGCUAA